AUGUCGGGGGCGGUGCGGCUCCGCAAGCGGCGGUCGGUGCUCUACAGCCCGGCCGGCGGGGCCGCCGCGCAGCGAGGCGCCGGUGUAGCCGCGCCCGCCCCGCUGCUGGCGCUCGCCUUGGCGCUGCGGACGCUCAAUUGCUUCCUUGUCCAGACCAGCUUCGUCCCGGACGAGUACUGGCAGUCUCUGGAAGUGGCGCAUCGCAUGGUUUUUAAUUAUGGUUACCUGACUUGGGAAUGGACAAGUUGCUUAAGAGGCUACUCGUACCCACUGAUCUUUGCCAGCAUGUACAAAGCAUUACAGCUGCUGGCUAAGGACAACGUUCAGCUGCUGAUCUGGGUCCCUAGGAUUGCACAGGCAGUGCUGGCUGCUUUUGCUGAUGUGCGGCUUUACUCAUUAGUGCAACAUCUUGAAAAUUCAGGAACAGCAAAGUUCGUGUUCUUCUGCCAACUCUGUUCCUGGUUUACGUGGUAUUCCUGUACCAGAACUCUAACAAACACCAUGGAGACUAUUCUUACCAUUUUUGCUCUUUCCUACUAUCCAAUAAAAGGUUCCAAGAUGGGGAACAGUUUUAAGUAUUUAGCUUUGGUGGCACUUGCAAUUGUUAUUCGUCCCACUGCUGCUAUCCUGUGGAUACCUUUGGUCUUCAGUCAUUUUCUGCAAGAACAGAAGAAAGCAGACCUUAUCCUACACACCUGCAUUCCAGUUGGAUUGGUCACAGUAGGAACCUCUUUAAUAAUUGACCGUGUGUUUUUUGGUGAGUGGGUACUGGUUCAGCUGAACUUCUUGAAAUUCAACGUGCUGCAGAAUUUGGGAACGUUUUACGGCUCUCAUCCUUGGCAUUGGUACUUCACUCAGGGACUCCCAGUCAUCUUGGGUCCCCAUCUGCCUUUCUUUAUUCAUGGCUGUGCAUUGGCACCAAGGAGGUACCACAUCUUUCUACUGCCAGUGAUCUGGACAGUGCUGGUGUACAGCAUACUGAGCCAUAAGGAAUUCAGGUUCAUCUAUCCAGUACUGCCAUUCUGCAUGAUUUUUUGUGGAUAUUCUUUGAAACACUUGAAAGCAUGGAAGAAAACUGCAGCAAGUUUCCUGCUCUUAUCCAAUUUAGUCCCAGCCCUGUACACAGGCUUGGUUCACCAGCGAGGCACUCUGGACGUUAUGAGUCACAUCCAGCAGCUCUGCAAUGACUCUCAGCAGUCACAGCCUUUUGUCUUCAUCCUGAUGCCGUGCCACUCCACUCCAUUUUACAGUCAUGUUCACUGUCCUCUGAAAAUGAGAUUCCUUCAGUGUCCCCCAAACCUAAGUGGCAAUGAGAGCUACGUUGAUGAAGCAGAUGUGUUUUACUCUAACCCACUUGGCUGGCUGAAUAAGGAAUUUUACAAUGACACAUUAUUACCCAGUCACAUGAUCCUCUUCAAUGUGCUAGAACAGGUAUGGUAACUGCAAGAUGAAACAAACUACUUCUGAGCAUA